UCAAAAUUUUUUCUCACUUUUAUUUGUACAACGGAAAAUUCAAUAGAUGGUAGGAGUAAAAUUGAGUUUUCUAAAAAUUACGGGGUGAGGAUAUCAAAUUUAACUUUCAUGGAAUCCGAAUAAACAUUCACUACUGUGGCUGGUUCAGGUAUUGUUGAGACUUGAGAGAGAUGAAAAAAAGCUCGAUGGGUAUGUCUGAGUACGGUUAUGGCGUUUCCGUGGCUGUGGUUAUGGUUGUGAUGUUGGCUCUUUCUUCCGGUGCUUCAUCGGAUCAACUGAGCUCAAGAGAAUGCGAGAAUCUCGGUUUCACCGGACUUGCUUUGUGCUCUGACUGCAAUACGUUAUCCGAGUAUGUCAAAGACAAAGAGUUGGUAUCUGAUUGUUUCAAGUGUUGCACGGAAGAUUCCAAUGAUGCCACUACCAAGGUUACAUACUCUGGAGCGUUAUUGGAAGUUUGCAUGAGGAAACUCGUCUUCUAUCCUGAAGUUGUUGGCUUUAUUGAAGAGGAAAAAGACCGGUUUCCAUCAGUUCAAGUUCAAUAUGUUUUUAAUUCUCCACCAAAGUUAAUUAUGUUGGAUGAUGUGGGGCAACAUAAGGAAACAAUCAGAAUUGACAAUUGGAAACGUGAGCAUAUACUGCAGUAUCUGCGAGAGAAGGUAAGGUGAAACCUUCGGAAGCAUAUUGGCAAGCUUCUAUACUAUCUCUCCAUGCACUCUUGUUGUCGUUUAGCUCAAAAAAAUUGGGAAGAGUAUAUACUGUAACUUUGACAAACCAUUUAAACUUGCCCUGGUCACUGCUUACUAGUGACAGAAUAAUGGAAAGUAAUGAUAGUUUGGUUAAUUUCAGAUUAUUCUCAGUUUUUGUGAUAAUUUAUUACCAUACCACAGUUUACUUUUGUGAUAUAGUUGUAUUAACUGAAGCCAUAUAAUGUUUCUUUUGUGACAAGCUUGUUUCAAUAUUUAUCAGGAAUAGUCUGUA